AUGCCUCUCAAUGGCUCUUCGUUCACAUCUUUGAAUCUCCCAUCAGCAUUUACCCUCCCGCGAUGCAUGGAGUACUUCACCGUUACUGCGGGCCCCAACACGGAUCUUUGGCGCAAACCAGGGGUCCGUGAUACCGCCACCGCUCCAAUCGUCUUCACCUCACUCCGGCGCCGGUUCGAGGUCGCCGAGGUGACCGUGACCGCGGAUUGGGAGAUGGAAUGGGAUCAAGGCGGGCUAGUGAUCUUCGCCGGAGCGGCACCGCAGUCAUCAGAGGAUGGACCGAUGCACCAUGUGCCCUUGUCACCACCGCUACCGGGGACGUCUCCCGCCGCCGCCGCGGCCGCCGCUCGACUCGGAGCCACGCCCCAUGCUAAUGUCAGCCCCGGCAAAUGGGUCAAAGCCGGCAUGGAGUUCUGCUCCGGGACGAUGAAUGUCUCCAGCGUUAGCGCCACGGUCGACGGCGCGGACUGGUGCGCCUCGCCGUUAUCCUACCCGGAACACGGCCCUGCGAUGGUGCACUCGCUGCGGAUCAAGCUGGAGCGCGUCGGCCACGCCCUCUGGAUCUGGUACCAGGUGCCCGCCGUCGCGGCGCCGUAUGCGAUGAUGACGUCGGGUGCGCUGCCCAGUGGGAUGUGGCGCAAGCUGCGGGAAGUGACCUGGUUCUUCUAUGGGGUCGAGGACAAGUUCGUGCACGUGGGCGUGUACGCCAGUCGCCCGAACCGGCUGUCGCGCAGUGCGACGAUUUGGGAGAUGAUGAAUGGGGAUGGGGCGGAGGGGACGGGGGCGGCGGAUGGAUUGGUGGUCGAGUUUGAGGAUCUGGAGAUUUCUUAG